UGAGAGACCACUGCUUUGAGGACUAACAAGAGCCACCCAACAUUAUUUUCUUUGCGAAUUGGGACUGAAACUAGUUCGUCUUAACGAUAUUGUUGAUUGAUGCCAUCGGAAACCAGAGAGGGAGCUUCAAUGUCUCAAGGUUGUUUAUUGUUUGCCUGUCUCCUAACAGUAUUGUUUCAGCGUAUACCCCACAGCUCUCUUAAUAGGUGUUUUCUUGUUGAACAGUAUUGGUUUCCAAAUAUUGGCGUUUUUGAUACAUUUUCUGUGCAUUAAAUGGGACAUAGGUAUCAUCGACGUUUUGGUGAUAGAAUAUCUUACAUUAACCAAUGGGUUAAGUAUUCUUUAUGCUUGACGAACUUUAUAUUUUUAGCUGUUGGAACGGUGUUUCUUGUAUUCGGUGUGAUCGCAUUUACUGAGUCGGGAGGUAUACCAUGGAAAUCUAAAACUGUUGCAUUGCAUUGGCUUUUCAACUUAACCGUAAUUUGUAUGGUCGUCGGGGUCAUAACCCUAUUUGUUUCACUGGCUGGUUUUGUCGGGUCUUUACGUGAAAACACUUGUCUGCUGAGAUUUUAUUACUUUAUUUUAACGUUGCUUUUUCUGACAGAGGUUGUUUGCUGUGUAUUGUUCUUUGUGUACCGUGAAUCAACUAUCCACAGGCUUGAAGAGUUAAUCAAAACUACUUUUGUUACUCAAUAUAGAGAACUUGGGUUUAAGGAUACAACAAACUUUAUGGACUUUAUUCAAAAAGAGCUUAAUUGUUGCGGACCUAAGUCAUAUCUUGAUUGGACAGCUAGUCGAUUCUUUUCAUGUGAUAAGUCUAAUAUAAGCCCUGAAGCUUGUGGAGUUCCAUAUUCUUGUUGCCGUCAAAUGAAUGAUAUCAGUGUUAAUAUUAUUAAUACAUCAUGUGGAUUUGGUGUACAAAAAUUCACAACCGCUGAAGCCAGUCGUUUGGUAUGGACAACUGGUUGUGUUGAUGCUCUUGUCAGUAUAGUAGAAAACAAUAUAGUCUAUUUCGCUUAUGGAUUUGUUAGCGUAGCUGUAUUUCAGCUUAUAGCUAUCCUACUUGCCAAGACACUACAUACACAAAUCAAUGAUCAAUUGCGUUUACUGCAUCAAGAAAAUAAUUACUAUUGAGAAUUUCUCUUCUGUCAUCUAAAGAUAAUGUGCACUAUUAUUAUUAUUAUUAUCACGAUUUUUAAAUAAAAGAAUUUAUUUUGGGGCUAUUUUUUGUGACUACUGCUAAUUCUUCAUCUGUUGCUAAAACAACAAUUUACUCAUCUCAUGAGAAAUGUAUAGGGACAGUGAUACGAAAAAUCUUUCCUCAUCAAAUCGACAAUAUAUAUAUUCAUUCCUGGUCGAUAUCACUGUGAUUUUAACUUGCUCAGUCCUCUGCUUGUUUUAUUUUUUCUGUUACAUCCUACUGAAUUACAAUUUGUUAACUGAAAAAUAAAGUGAAAUAUAAAUCGUAUUCUAUUGAAAUUUUAUGUUCUUUUGAUCUAAAACAUUGUCAAUGAUGGUUGUUUGAGUACUAUAUUAUCUUUCGUUUAUUCUAUUGAAUUUAUUUUAUAUCAUUAUAUUACUACGAUUGGAUGUAAUUUUUACUCAGAAUUUUGAAGGAAUUAAAUCAACGACCUCAAACACAUAUCAUACAAGAUACUUAAAAUAUACAAAAUCUAUAAUUU